GGAGGCGGGGCCAAGCUCGCAAGCGCUCGGCAGCAGCCUCGGCAGGGCUCGGUUCGGCUCGGCUCGGCUCGAUUUGCAGCUCGGGUGGGGGUGGGCGGCCAGGGUGACAGCGGCGGUAGCAGAGGCUGCGGCGCGGGGCUGAGCAAGCGGUGAGCGCGGAGUCGGUAAGAGGAGGAAGUGAAGCGGCGGCCCGGAGCUCUGGAGUCCUCUGCCGGGGCAGGUCCGCCCAGAUUUGCAGAGUGAGCCGCGUCGGGACCUGGGCAGACUUCUUCGCCUUGCUCCGACCGCUGGCGCUCCGCCUGCCCUGCCCUGCCCUGCCCUGCUGGUCUGAGCCCCGCAUUCCACGCCUGGACUUUCCUAGCCCCGUGGUCCAGAGCUUCUGGGACGUUCGAGCCCCUGCCUUAAUCCGGAGUUUCGAGACGGGACGUUCUCGGCCCCAUCAUACUGACCCAUCUCCGCUGGAGUGUACUCCACCCCCGGGUCGGCGCAAGGUGGCCCCGGCUCUGGAACUUGAGUGUAGAGGAGCCGGGACGCCCACCGGCCUCUGGCUCCCCGAGAACCAAAUCUUCAGCUGCCUUGGACCGAACUGCUCCGGACUUGAAACUGUACUGGCACCGCCCGGGUCCAGCGCACCGUGAGGGGUCCCGAGCUGGCAGAACAGUAGGACUGAACCCCUGAACUGGUGCUGCGAGUCGAAGCUGCCACCUUUCUCCGCCCUAGGCUAAGGAUUUGGGGGUGCUUGCCGCAAGGGACUUCUCCUGCCACAGUCUCCAGCGAGCCGAGGUUGCAGGGAGGUAGCAUUACCACACUCUUCGUCCACCGGAAGUUGGCACCGCUGGAGACCGUGGGCUGUGGAGGAAACAUACGGACCACAGCUCUUUGACUGAAGUGACAUCACCGUCUCUGCAGACAGGACACCCCUGGAGUGCAGCCCAUAGCUGCCCGGACCUUCUUCCAGCACCAGCCAGGGGCCUCCAUGGGUGCUUGAGGGCCAGGCACCAGGGCCGCAGGCACGAGCAUGGUGAGACACCAGCCCCUGCAGUACUACGAGCCCCAACUGUGCCUCUCAUGCCUCACUGGCAUCUAUGGCUGCCGAUGGAAGCGCUACCAACGCUCACACGAUGACACCACGCCGUGGGAGCGCCUGUGGUUCCUGCUCCUGGUCUGCACCUUCAGCCUCACGCUCACCUGGCUCUACUUCUGGUGGGGCGUCCACAACGACUACGAUGAGUUCAACUGGUACCUCUACAACCGCAUGGGCUACUGGAGCGACUGGUCCGUGCCCAUCUUGGUGACCUCAGCUGCUGCUUUCACAUACAUCGCAGGCCUCCUGGUCCUGGCACUAUGUCACAUCGCCGUGGGGCAGCAGAUGAACCUGCACUGGAUACACAAGAUGGGGCUGGUGGUCAUCCUGGCCUCCACGGUGGUGGCCAUGUGUGCAGUGGCCCAGUUAUGGGAGGAUGAGUGGGAAGUGCUGCUGAUCUCCCUGCAGGGCACAGCACCGUUCCUGCAUAUAGGGGCCCUGGUGGCCAUCACCGCACUCUCCUGGAUCGUCGCUGGACAGUUCGCCCGUGCAGAGCGGUCCUCCUCCCAGCUCACCAUCCUUUGCACUUUCUUCGCCGUGGUCUUCACCUUCUACCUGAUCCCUCUCACCAUCUCCUCUCCCUGCAUCAUGGAGAAAAAAGACCUGGGCCCCAAACCUGCCCUCAUCGGCCACCGAGGGGCUCCCAUGCUGGCUCCAGAACACACACUGAUGUCCUUCCGGAAGGCCCUGGAGCAGAAGCUGUAUGGGCUGCAAGUUGACAUCACCAUCAGCCUGGACGGUGUACCCUUUCUCAUGCAUGACACUACCCUGAGGCGGACCACUAAUGUGGAGCAGGUGUUCCCGGAGCUCGCCCGCAGGCCUGCUGCCAUGCUCAACUGGACUGUCCUGCAGAGGCUCAAUGCCGGCCAGUGGUUCCUCAAGACUGACCCCUUCUGGACGGCCAGCUCCCUGUCACCCUCCGACCACAGGGAGGUUCAGAACCAGUCCAUCUGCAGCCUGGCAGAGCUCCUGGAGCUAGCCAAGGGCAAUGCCACACUGCUGCUCAACCUUCGGGACCUGCCCCGAGAUCACCCCUACCGUAGCAGCUUCCUCAACAUCACACUGGAGGCCGUGCUGCGCUCAGGCUUCCCACAGCACCAGGUCAUGUGGCUGUCUAACAGACAGAGGCCUUUGGUACGGAAGAUGGCUCCUGGCUUCCAGCAAACAUCUGGGUCUAAAGAAGCCCUCGCCAGCCUACGGAAAGGUCACAUUCAGAAGCUGAACCUCCGCUACACUCAGGUGUCCCACCAGGAGCUCAGGGACUAUGCAUUCUGGAACCUGAGUGUAAACCUCUACACUGUCAAUGCGCCGUGGCUCUUCUCCCUGCUGUGGUGUGCCGGGGUCCCCUCAGUCACUUCCGACAACUCCCAUACCCUUUCUCGGGUGCCUUCUCCACUCUGGAUCAUGCCCCCAGACGAGUACUGCCUCAUGUGGGUCACCGCUGACCUGAUCUCCUUCAGCCUCAUCAUCGGCAUCUUCGUGCUCCAGAAGUGGCGCCUGGGUGGUAUACGGAGUUACAACCCAGAGCAGAUCAUGCUGAGUGCCGCCGUUCGCCGGACCAGCCGGGACGUCAGCAUCAUGAAAGAGAAACUCAUCUUCUCAGAGAUCAGUGAUGGUGUGGAAGUCUCUGACGAGCUCUCCGUAUGUUCAGACAGCAGUUACGACACCUAUGCCAACAGCACAGCCACCCCCAUGGGCCCUCGAAGUGCUGGCAGCCGUGCCAAGACCUUCACAGAGCAGAGUGGGCAUUAGCUGAAGAUCUGUGUGCCCAACUUGUACCCAAGGUAGAACCUAGAAGAAAGGAAGGUCUGACAAAAGAAGCUGCACCUGGAGUGCCUGGGAGCUGGCUCCUCAGCCUACGUGUGUGCUCCAAGCUCCUUGUCUGCUCCAGCCUCUCUUGCAUGAGUGUGGUGGGGGGACCAAAGGGGCCCUCUCCACUGAGGCUCAGCUGGACCAGGACUCCAGCCUCCAGAUGCCCCUGCAGGUCUGGGGCUUUUCAUCCUGGAAGUGAAGGCCUGGUCUGCUGGUCCACGCUCCUAGUCAUCUUUGGCCUCCCAGCCUGGAAGGUUUGGUGAGUCACUGGGCUGUGCCAUGUGCCCAAGCAACUGGAGGAUGUGGAUGUCUCCCUGUGCCCACACCUCUCUGUUUGUGCUGUGAGAUGACUAACUGUUCUCACCCCUGCCUUGAGGAUGUUGGCUAGGCCUCACCCCUGCCUGGGGGUUCUAUUCUCUGCACCCAUCUCAAAGCACAAGGAAGUUCAUCUCAGGAGAAACCAGUGGCUGUGGUGGAGACACGUCCCUCCCAGCCAGCUCCCCUCCACCACUGGCCUCUCUGCCCCUGAGAAGCAGCUAGAGGUGACCAGAAUCACAGGCUCAGGGCUGUCCUGCCUCACAUGCAACUGUCCAGCAGGCCCCUGGGGCAGAAGAAGCCUUGAGGACCAGGUGAACGACAGGCUGAUCUGACCUCAGCUUUCCACAGCAGCAGCCACAGGGCAAUGGGCCACCUAGGCAAAGCUCUCUGGGUUCAGACAAGCAUGGGCCUCUGGCCAAAGUUGCCUACAGUAGAAGGAACCUAAGGGCAAAGACAAUUAAAGCUGCCAUCUUGAUA